CUCAUAGUUUAGUAUUCACAGCGCAGAGCAGAUCUAAAUAUUAAAGAAAAAUGGGAAUAUUUGUUUCUAAGAAGAAAGAUGAGGAUGAGGAGGUUCCAGCUCCGGAACCUGAACAGGUUCCUCCUCCUCCAGCAGAGGAACCUAAGGUGGAAGAGAAACCAAAACCAAAGCCGGCUGCCAAACCUAAACCUAAACCUAAACCUAAACCUGACCCGGAUACAGAGUAUGUAGAGGCAGGGUUUGACAAGCUCCAGGGGGACCCGGAGUGCCACUCUUUACUAAAGAAACAUCUAUCCAAGGAAAUAUUAGAUGAUCUCAAGAAUAAAAAGACUGAAAGCUUUAAAUCAAGUCUGAAGGACGUAAUUCAGUCUGGAAUUGAGAACCUGGAUUCAGGGAUAGGAGUUUAUGCUCCGGAUGCUGAAUCCUAUAUGAUAUUCGCUGCUCUCUUCGAUCCUAUCAUCGAGGAGUAUCAUGGUGGGUUCGGAGCAGAGGCUAUGCAUCCUGAAUCUGAUUUCGGAGCCCCAGAAGAGUUUGGCAAUCUGGACCCAGACGGGAAAUAUAUCGUGUCUACAAGAAUCCGAUGUGGAAGAUCUAUUGAUGGAUUACCCUUUAACCCAAACAUGAAGGAAGACGACUAUAAGGAACUUGAGACCAAAGCGCAGGCCGCGUUCAUUUCUCUACCGGAGACACAUGCUGGCACCUACUAUCCUCUUACAGGGAUGGAAGAAGAAACUCAAAAACAGCUGAUAGAUGAUCAUUUCUUGUUCAAGGAGGGAGAUAGAUUUCUGCAGGCUGCGCAUGCAAGUGAGUUCUGGCCAACAGGACGAGGGAUAUUUCAUGAUAAUGAGAAAAAGUUUCUUGUUUGGGUUGGAGAGGAGGAUCAUCUUAGGAUAAUAUCAAUGCAAGAAGGAGGAGACGUGGGUCAAGUUUACUCUAGACUUGUUCAAGGAGUUCAGGAACUAGGAAAAACAAUGACAUUUGCUCACAGUCCAAGAUUUGGCUGGUUAACCUUCUGUCCUACUAAUCUUGGAACCACAAUCAGAGCGAGUGUACACAUCAAACUCCCAUUGCUGGCGGCGAAAGGAAUGGAAAACCUUCAAAGCGUUGCGGAUCAAUUUAAUCUACAGGUUCGUGGUAGUGCAGGAGAGCACAGUGAGGCAGAUGGGGGACUUUAUGAUAUUUCAAACAAGGAGAGAUUAGGACUCACAGAAUUUCAGGCGGUAGAGAAGAUGUAUAAAGGUGUUGAGGAGCUGAUCAGGUUAGAGAAGGAGCUGGAGGAAGGAGCAGGGGACGAGGAGAAGAAGGAUGAAGAAGCUCCUGCAGAAGACACUCCAGCAGAAGACGCUCCUGCAGAGGAAGCUCCUGCAGAAGAAGCUCCAGCAGAAGAGGAGAAGAAAGAAGAUCCACCAGCAGCAGAAUAAGCCUACUGACUAAAGUUGAUCCUGAGCUUAUGAUUGUUCCUAUGUAUAUUUUAUACAUUCUAAAAGUUAGAAACUACAAACAGAAUUGAAGUAGUUAUUAAUAUUUUCGAGAUUAUGGUAGAUGUAAAUCAGCUGUAUAUAUAUACUUGUAUAUUAAUUGCAAGGCUCCUUAUUAACUACGCCUAACCCUUCUCAACCAGAUCUUAGCACCAAUUCUAAACCAUUAUUUCUGGAUUCUUCUCAACCCCUAUCCCUGGACCCUUCUCAAUCCUAUCCAUAGACCCUUCUCAAUCCUAUCCAUAGAUCCAUCCCAACGCUAUCUCUAGAUCCUUCUUAACCCUUUUCCUUGAUCCUUCUCAACCUUAUCCCUGGAUCCUUUUCAACCAUUCUCCUUGAUCCUUCUCAACCCUAUCUCUGGAUCCUUUUCAACCAUUCUCCUUGAUCCUUCUCAACCCUAUCCCUGGAUCCUUUUCAACCCUUCUCCUUGAUCCUUCUUAACCCUAUCUCUGGAUCCUUUUCAACCAUUCUCCUUGAUCCUUCUCAACCCUAUCCCUGGAUCCUUUUCAACCCUUCUUCUUGAUCGUUCUCAACCCUAUCCCUGGAUCCUUCUUAACCAUAUUCCUUGAUCCUACUCAACCCUAUCCCUGGAUCCUUUUCAACCCUUCUCCUUGAUCGUUCUCAACCCUAUCCCUGGAUCCUUUUUAACCCUAUUCCUUGAUCCUACUCAACCCUAUCCCUGGAUCCUUUCCAACCCUUCUCCUUGAUCUUUCUCAACCCAAUCCCUGGAUCCUUCUCAACCCUUCUCCUGGAUCUUUCUCAACCCAAUACCUGGAUCCUUCGUAACCCUUCUCCUGUAUCGUUCUUAAUUCAAUCCCUGGUUGAUCCAGGCUGGAUCCUUCUCAACCAUACAUCACUUUUGGAUUGUUUAUAUUGUAUGUAUCAUAUAUAUAUAAUAUAAGCAUCUUUUUACUGCAAAUACAAUAAAAUUUAACAAUUUAAGAUUUAUGAAUUUAAAUAAUGCUUGACAUUUUUCUCAUGCAGGUGAUAUUUGUGACUUUUUGACUGUGCUUGGUUAAUUUCCUAGCUCUGAUAUUUUGAAAUAUAUUUGUGUAGUUUUAA